ACAAACACAAACACACAUGCAUGCCACACACAGCCACACACACACCUUAUCUUCUGUCCCUCUCAUCUCUCUCACGGUCUCACACAUCCAUACUCCCAUACACAGGCACGCAGCCAUGGAGAACUCGAAGCACGCCGGCGGAGGACUCGAGCAGCUGCAGCAGCCUGCCGGCGUAGUGCUUGAGCACCUCCAACUUCAGGUGCGCACCGUUCGUUCUCCGGCUCGCCCGCAUGCCAUCUCUCAAGCAGCAAAGUAGCAGCAGCUAGCAGCACGUACGCUGGCGGCCAGCCACCAAGCUCCCUCAUGCACGUAGCAGCGAAGCAGCAGAUGCGAGGCAGCUGCAAGCGGCAGCACAUGCACACGGCGGGAAGGCAGCAACUCACCAACCACACGCCGGCGCGCAGCGGCACCAACAACCUCGGAGGCCACGAGCCACAUGCGUCGUCGAUGGCGCCACCAAGAGCGGCGGCCAGGCUCAUCUCGCAUAGACGCGUCUUCUUGCUGAGCAGCAGCACCCGCACGCUCCGGCAAGCCAACAACGAACCGGCCAAGCUAGCACACAAGCAGUGGACAGGCUAGCUUGGCAGAGGAGAGCGCAUUGCUCAGACGAGUGGUGACUCGCGAGCUGUGGGCCACUGUAACUCGCCGGCAUGAAUCGACGUCGUCGCUGACGGCGGCGUUUUUUUUAGUUUUGUUGAACAUCUUUACCAAGUGUACAACUCGGGGAAGCCAUCACCUUUGCCGAGUGCAACUGUACCAAUUUUUGCCGUUUCCGUCGUCCGUUAGUUAUGUUUCACCGAGUUCCAAUAUUUGCCGAGUACCACAAAAAACGCUCGGCAAAGGCGUUGCCGAGUGCGGGAUGGUUGGUUCUCGGCGAAAUUCUAUUUGCUGGAAGGCUGUACGCCGAGUGUCCUUUGCCGAGUGCAACACUCGGCAAAGGCUUUGCCGAGUUUUUUUUGGCCUUCGCCGAGUGUUUACGGCACUCAGCAAAGCUGUCGAUUUCAGUAGUGAUGGAGGGAAAGAAAGAGGAGGGUCAAAAACUCUCAUGCACGCAUUUCUAAAAACAGGAUUACUAAAUCUCGGUUGACUCAAACUUAAUGAAGUCUUAGUCGCGCCUACCUUAUGUGAAUGUCCGUGUAAAAGAAUAAGAAAAAUAUUUCUUCUGUAUAUGUUUUGUCACUUGAGAUCUACCCACACCCUUCUAGAAAAAAUCUCUCACGCACGUACCGGGCAUGCUACUACGUAGGGAACAGCUGAUAACCGUUGAUGUGAUACGAUACGAUACAAGCACUCUGCCGUUGGUCGACCACUUGAUCUGACACGUACGUGGCGCUCAGAGGAGUCCAAAAUUCCACACCAUACUGCCAGCGUGCUGCUCCUAAGAACACCUGGAUGGUCGACAGUCAAAGUGCCAGAUAACUAACAUCUGGCCCGCGGCUCUCCUCUUCCUCCCGCCAGACUCGGCGCGACCCACGCGACGGCGACGUCCUCGGCUGCAAGCUCAACUCGCAUGCACAGACGCGCCUACCUGGCUCUCCACACGCAGACGAGCUUAACACGGUGCAAUUUUCUUCGACGCGCGCGCGGGCUCCUCUGCCUCUAUAUAGCCCAAACUCCACAGUCUACAGUCCGCACUGCAUGCGCGCGCAGACCAUCCGCAGUCAGCUGAGCUCGCUAGGUUCCCAGUUAGGCGCGGCGAGCUAACGACGAGCCCGCCCACGUCUCCCCGCCGCGCUCUCUCCAAGGAUGGACGCGCUCUGCCUGCUCGCCGCGCUCCUGGCGUGCGCGCUCGCGUCGUCCGGCAGCGCGCAGCCGGCGGACCCGCAGCAGGGGAGCUACGGCAACGAUGUGGCCAACCAGGAUAUGCGCAUCAGCACGACCAUGGUCGCGCUGCUGGCCGCCGUCGUCGCGGUGUUCUUCUUCAUCCUCGCCUCCAUCAUCUACCUCCGCCACUGCACCGGCUACUCGUACCCCCACGCCCCGCGGCCGGACGACUCCCGCGGCUCCGGCCCCGGCGCCGGCUUCUCGAGCUUCAUCGCCAGGCGGCAGCAGCGGCGGGCGGCGACGCGCGGGCUGGACGCCGAGGUGGUCAAGGCGUUCCCCACCAUGCGGUACGCGGAGGCCAAGGCGCUGCGCGUGGGGAGGAAGGCGGCGCCCCUGCUCGAGUGCGCGGUGUGCCUCAGCGAGUUCGAGGACGAGGACAGGCUCCGGCUGCUGCCCAAGUGCAGCCACGCCUUCCACCCGGACUGCAUCGGCGAGUGGCUCGCCAGCCACGUCACCUGCCCGGUCUGCCGCCGCAACCUCGACCCUAGCAAGGACGGCGGCAGCGACGACGAGGCGAGUAACCCCCCGGUGCUGGAAGCCAACAGCACCUCCAGCGAAAUCGCCGUGGUUCGGCACCACCAGGCAGACGGCGCGCGGGCACCGGCCGUGGUCAUCGACGUGGUGACAGAGGAGGAGGCCGAGCAGCGCCGGAAGGAGGCGAUGGAGCUGCAGCGGAUAGGGACCCAGCGGCGCGCGAUGCGGUCGCGGUCGCGGCCGGCCGGGACGAAGGCCGCGAAGCUUGUCCGGUCGUACUCGGCCGGCCACUCCCUCGCCGUAGUCCGGCUCGACCGCGACCUGGAGCGGUUCACGCUGCGGCUGCCGGAGCACGUGCGCAGGGAGAUGGUCGCCGCUGCCGGGGAGCAGAGCUCGCACCGUCGCGCACAGAGAGCCGGCAGAUGGCCAUCGUUCCUAAGGUACACCAGGACGUUGUCGGGAAGGUUCUUCUCGACGCCGAGGAGGACGGAAAGCUCCGAGGGAGGGGAGGUGUCCUCGUCAUCGUCGACGAGGACUAGAGGGAAGCGCGUCGCCGCCGUUGAUUUCCUCGAAGGUUCUCCUCUGGGCGGCGGCGUGUCCGGUGCCAAAGUCGGCUCUGUGGCCGGCGAUGUCGACAAGGCAGCUAGCCGGCAGGUUCGAACGUAGAAAAGAAAAUGGACUUCUGAAUCUAGAAGCGGUGUUCUUCCACGCAUGCGGGGAAUCUGUCUGUACUAUUAAUCCAAGAAAGAGACUGUAAUCGCCGCAAGCAGAAUGCUCAAGAAACCCUGUUGAGGCGCCUGAAUUUUCUUUUUC